AUGCCUCAUGCCAAGUCCAAGACGCUCUCUCUGGAGACUACUGUAACCCCAGAAAUGGCCAGAGGCUGGAUAAGAGAAGUCAACAGGAACCUGCUUAGGGCCAUCAAGGGUGAAGCGCUAGGCCAAGAGCAGCACUACAACAUGAGUGAAGGUGACAAAGACCUCUCAAUGCAGCUCCACCUUGCCAGCCUGCAGGCGCUGGCUUGA